UCUGCUUGUCACGGACUACCACCACACCUCCUAGCGCCGCCGCAGCCACAACUGGAGCCGUCGCAUUUAGUCCCAGACCGGAGUUCCAAUCUUGUAUGGCAGUGAGCUUACUGGCACAUGAGGUAUCUGACCUCUGCCUCGGCAAGCCGGCGCUGAAGCCGCUUCCUCUGUCAGCCACCGUCGCCGACGCCUUGGCCGCCCUCAAGACCUCCGACGACAACUUCAUCAGCGUCUGGAACUGCAGCGAUCACUCCAUCGUCGAUAGAAUCGGCUUUGCUGAGGAAAACGACGACCUGGGCUGCCGAUGCGUCGGCAAAUUGUGCAUGGUCGAUGUUAUUUGCUUCCUGUGCAGAGAGGAGAAUCUUUUGUCUCCAUCGGCUGCUCUGAAGGCGCCUGUCUCUGCGAUUCUGCCUAAGGGUCCAGGUCUCGUGAUGCAUAUUGACCCAUCUUCUAGCCUAUCGGAAGCUAUUGAUUUGAUCCUUCAAGGAGCACAGAACCUCGUAGUGCCAUUGCCAGCAAAAAAGGGCAGCUUUUCCAGGAGAAAACAGCAUCAGAAACCCUCAAGCAGCUCUGCAAUUUGCACAAGCCACAUUGGUCGUGAGUUCUGCUGGCUAACCCAAGAGGAUGUGAUCCGUUUCCUUCUGGGUUCCAUUGGCCUCUUCUCUCCACUCCCUGCUCUCUCCAUAGACACUCUUGGCAUUAUCAGCUCCGAGGUCUCGGCCAUUAACUACUACGCCCCGGCAUCUUCUGCCAUAGGAGCCAUCUCUCACUCCCUCACGACACAAACUUCAGUGGCCAUUGUUGACAGUGAAGGGAUCUUCAUUGGUGAGAUCUCUCCCUUCACCCUUGCUUGCUGUGAUGAGACUGUUUCUGCUGCUAUCACAACCCUCUCUGCUGGGGAUCUAAUGGCCUACAUUGAUUGUGGUGGCCCCCCAGAAGAUCUAGUGAGAGAAGUUAAGGCAAGGUUAAAGGAGAAGAAGUUGGAGAAGAUGCUAGAAGAAUUCACAAUCCUGUCUUCUGUAGUCACUGACUCAGCAUCUUCUUCGUCAGAUGAAGAGUCUGUGUUGUCCCCAAGGAGGUCAUUGCCAAGGUCAGGCAGGUACAGUAGGUCCUUCAGCUACUCAGCCAGAAUGGUGAGAAAAGCAGAGGCCAUAGUAUGCCAUCCCAAGAGCUCUCUAGUUGCUGCGAUGAUUCAGGCCAUUGCUCACAGAGUGAACUAUUUGUGGGUCAUCGAGGAUGACUUUAGCUUAGUUGGCAUCGUCACUUUUUCUAACAUGCUUAAGGUGUUUAGAGAACACUUGGAGCCACUUGCUUAGAUGAUUAGGGGCGACAUUGAGAAGCAAUAGGGAAGAGAGUGUGAGUGAGAAAGAGUGACUAUGAAUAAUGGACCUUCUCUGUUCUGAAAUGUUGAGCUUGUGAGUGGCGAUGUCAGUUGUUUGUUUCGCUUUACUUCAAUUAAUGUAUUUCGUUUCCUCCUUUUGAGUUCCCAUGCUUUCUUUGUCGAUAACAAUUGGAUUUGUUCAAAUCAAGCACUUGUUCUGCCAUGAA